AUGGCCUACGGGAUGGUGCUGCUGGUGGUGCUGCUGCUGCUGCUGCUGGUGCUGGGAGUGCUGGUGCUGCUGCUGUUGGUGGUGGCGGUGUGCCCUGGGGGCAUGGCCUACACCAACCGCUACUGCCCCUGGGCGCACCGGGCGCACAUCGCGCUGUCGGAGCUGGGCCUCGAGUUCGACGAGGUUUCGAUCGACCUGUCGAAGCCGCGGGAGGCGUGGUAUCUCGCGAUCAAUCCCAGGGGCUUGGUGCCCGCGCUCAAAAUCGGCGACGACGAGAUCCUCAUCGAGAGUGGGAUUAUCACGCAGUAUCUGGCCGACGUUUACGCGCCGCGUCUCCUCCCUGCGACGGGCAGCGCCGCCGCGGCGCUGCAGCGCGCGCGGAUCUCUCUCUUCGUGGACGUAUUCGCGAGCGCGUUCGGGUCCGCGCUGACGGGGAUCCUGAUCGCAGCGCGGACCACUGCGGAGAAGGAGGCGAAAGCGCAUGCUGUGGUUGCCGCGGUGAAGCGCGAUCUCGUCCCGCUGCUGGCUGACGCGGCGCCGUUUUUUGGCGGGAGCAAGGAGCUUACGCUCGCCGAGGUCAAUACGGCGAGUUUUGUACUGAGGGUCUAUGCCCUUGGCACGGAGGAGUAUGGGUGGUUCCCUAGCUUCCUGCUGAAGGAGCUCAAGGAGAUCGAGGUCUGGCAGAAGUGGGUCGAUGCGCUGCUGGCGCAGAAGAGUGUUACCGCUAUUUGGAAUCAACAGGAGAAUGCGGAGGUGUGGAGAAGUAAGUUGGCCAAAUUGGAGGAGGAGAGGAAGGUGUAG